GAGAGAGAGAGAGAAGAGAUCAGCAAUGGAGGAAUUAGGGCAGAAGUUGAGCUUCGACGCAAAGAGAGCGAUGGUGAACGAGUUGAGAAGAAGCUUUGAGGAGGGCAAAACGAUGGGAUACGAGUGGAGAGUGGCUCAGCUAAAGGCGAUCCUUAGAAUGAUGGAUGAGAGAGAAGCUGAUUUCAUGGCCGCUCUCCAUUCCGAUCUCUCCAAGCCCUACUUUGAAUCCUUUCUCCAUGAGAUUUCUUUAAUUAGGGCUUCGUGUUCGUUGUUUCUUAAACAAUUGAAGCAUUGGAUGAAGCCAGUGAAGGUUCUAGCGGCGAUCACCACUUAUCCUUCAACAGCUCACAUUGUUUCUGAACCGCUUGGUGUUGUGUUGGUCAUUUCGACCUGGAAUUAUCCUUUUAUGCUAUCUCUUGAACCUGUGAUUGGAGCUAUUGCAGCAGGCAAUGCAGUUGUUUUAAAGCCAUCAGAAGUAGCACCUGCAACAUCAGCAAUGUUUGCCAAAGUUUUUCCAGAAUAUGUGGAUAAUUCAUGCAUCAGAGUUGUAGAGGGAGCUAUUCAUGAAACUACUGCACUUUUGAAGCAGAGAUGGGAUAAAAUUUUCUACACAGGUAAUUCCAGAGUCGCAAAAAGUAUAAUGACUGCAGCUGCAAAAAAUCUAACUCCAGUGAUUUUGGAACUCGGAGGAAAAUCACCUGUGGUGGUUGAUCCUAAUUGUGAUUUGAAGAUUGUGGCAAAGAGAAUUGUUGUUGGGAAGUGGGGCUGCAACAAUGGACAAGCUUGUGUAUGUCCAGACUACAUAAUAACAACUAAAUCAUUUGCUCCACGAUUGGUGGAUGCACUGAAAAGCACUUUGGAGGGAUUCUAUGGGAAAGAUCCACAACAAUCGAAAGAUUUAUCUCGCAUUGUGAAUUCCAAACAUUUUGCGCGCUUGACACGGCUCCUAGAUGAAGAUCGAGUCUCUGGCAAUGUUGUUCAUGGAGGUCAGCGGGACGAGAAACAGCUAUUCAUAGCUCCCACGAUCGUGUUAAAUGCUCCACUGGAUUCACCGAUAAUGACGGAAGAAAUAUUUGGUCCUUUGCUUCCGAUCACGACGGUUGACAAGGUGGAAGAUAGUUUCAGUGUAAUAAAAUCCAGGCCAAAACCUCUUUCUGCUUAUCUGUUCACCAAGAACAAGAAGCUUGAAGAGAAGUUUGUGAUGACCAUUUCCGCAGGGGGGAUACUCAUAAACGACACAACCUUACAGGUCGCGAACCCUGAUCUACCAUUUGGAGGAGUAGGAGAGAGUGGGUUCGGUUCUUAUCAUGGAAAAUUUUCAUUUGAUGCAUUUAGUCACAAGAAGGGUGUACUAUCCCGCGGCUUCGGAGGAGAAACCCCAGCAAGAUACCCGCCUUAUACUCCAUGGAAGCAGGCACUCCUAAGGAAUCUGAUUAAUGGUAGUAUUAUAACCCUAAUACUAGUCCUUCUAGGAUGGCCCAUGGCAUGAAUAAGUCGUCUUCUAUAUCAUGCCUUAUCUAAUGUGGUUGUUAAUGCUAUAAUUCUGCAUAAUGUAAGCCAAAGAGAAUUAUCGCUAUUAAUAAGAAAAUAAUCAGCAGUUUACAGCACAACAAUUUAGGUUUCCAUCUGUAUAGCUUUCCACAUAAAUUCGGGUAUCAGAAAAUCUCCCUGAUCAAGAGUUGAAAUAGUAUUCAUAAGCCAACAGUUUAAUUGCAAGAGGUGAAAAUUAACUAUUGGCAAUACAAGAACAAAUUCAUCACGUCCCAAAGACUCUGCACGUAGCCAUUGAUUCCUCUUGCCAAAAAGGAAAAUGAGAGAGAAACCAAAAUCCAGUAUCAGGAUAAGUGUUCGGUGGGAUUUGAAAUGAGCAAAUGACAGCAGAGAUAAUUGACUCAUUGAUUCAAUAAUUCAAGCUCAAGAAAUAGCAAAACAAUUCUUCAAAAUUUACCAUAUAUCACACAAUAUAUAGGAUAGUUGACUUGGUAACUACAGUAAAA